AUGGAACGAUUCUUUAAAAGAAAAUUAUCUACGGAUAGUUCUUCUCUGUCUAAUCCGGGUAGUUCAAAUGCAAGACCAAUUGAAGUAGAUGAGAUCUUAGCUAAUCUUCAAGCAGACCCUGGACUAAGAACUCGAAUGGCGGAUUAUAGUCCUAAUAUUCGGGAUGAGAUCCGAAGAGCAUAUCUACAAAAGGGACCUUGUCAACCUAGAAGUUAUAAAUUCCCACAAACUAAUCAAUCAGGAAUUAAUAGACGCUUCAUUGCUCAUUGGUUUGAUGAUCAUGAUUGGUUGGAAUAUAGUAUUGCUAAAGAUGCUGCGUUUUGUCUUCAUUGUUAUCUCUUCAAAUCUAAUUUUGAUCAAGUGGGUGGUGAUGCAUUCACUGGGGUAGGCUUCAAUAAUUGGAAGAAGGCGAAAGAAAGAUUUAACCUUCAUGUUGGACCGGUUGGUAGUGUUCACAACCAAGCUAGAGAAGUUGCUUACAAUUUGAUGCAUCAAACUACACACAUUGAAACAAUUGUGAUCAAGCAAACAAGCCAAGCUCGCACGGCUUAUCGCACUUGCUUGAAUGCAUCACUUAAGUGCACUAGGUAUUUGUUGCGGCAAGGGCUUUCUUUUCGUGGUCAUGAUGAAAGUGCACAAUCAAGUAAUAAAGGGAAUUAUUUAGAGCUCUUGCAAUUUCUUGCGGAUCAUGAUGAAAAAGUUAAGGCCGUUGUGUUGGAAAAUGCUCCGGAAAAUUUAAAGUUAAUAGCUCCUUCAAUUCAAAAAGAUCUUGUCAAUUCUUGUGCUAAAGAAACCAUUGAUCUUAUCUUGAGUGAUGUAAAAGAUAGAUAUUUUUCAAUAAUGGUGGAUGAAGCACGUGAUGUUUCAAUAAAGGAGCAAAUGGCGAUGGUGUUGCGUUAUGUGAAUGACAAAGGACAAAUAAUUGAAAGGUUUGUGGGGGUUCAACAUGUAACCGACACUACUUCAAGUGCACUAAAGGAAGCAAUUGAUGAAUUCUUUUCUUCCGUCGAAUUUGAGCUUUUCCAAGCUACGAGGACAAGGUUAUGA